GCGAGACACACAGCUGGGUGAGCGCGGUCUGUGCGCUCUGGAGCGGAGCGGGGAACGCCGGCCUCCUGCAGCUCCGAAGAGCUUCUCCCUGCGACUCCCGCGAGGGGACAAGUCCGCACGGCAGGGUGGCCGCAGCCCUCGGCCCCCUACGGCGCGCCUCCCACCCGCGCCCGCGGCUCAGCCAGCUCAGCUUGGCCAGCCGAGGCUAUGGACUCGGAGGAUGACCCCUUGCUGCAGGAUGUGUGGCUAGAGGAGGCGCAGGAAGAGGAGGAGGAAGCAACGGGUGAGGCCUUUAGGAGGGCCCAGAAGCCGGGGCCCCAAGCUGGGGCAGGGGGGCAGUGUUGCUGGCGGCACUGGACCUUGCCCUCCCGGCCCCCAGCGUCAGGCUUCUGGAAUACACUGGGCUGGGCCUUCACCAAUCCGUGCUGUGCGGGGCUGGUGCUCUUCCUCGGCUGCAGCAUCCCCAUGGCUCUUUCAGCCUUCAUGUUCCUCUACUACCCGCCGCUGGACAUUGACAUCUCCUACAAUGCCUUUGAGAUCCGCAACCAUGAGGCCUCCCAGCGUUUCGACGCCCUCGCGCUGGCGCUCAAAUCCCAGUUUGGGUCCUGGGGGCGCAACCGGCGCGACCUGGCCGACUUCACUUCUGAGACGCUCCAACGCCUCAUCACAGAGCAGUUGCAGCAGCUACAUCCAGGAAAUCGCUCGCGGCCGGCCGCCCGGGCCCCGUACCAGGCCCCUGCCGCGCUGCGGCAUGGCUCAGGACUGUGGGACACCUCCACUGCUCAGAAGCCAGCAGCCAAUCGGAGCGGGCGUCUUCGGCGAGCGACUCCACCCCUGGGGAGCCUGGCAGCCAACCAGAGUGAAGCCCAGGUGAACCAAGGGCCGGACAGGAAUGGGCGGCGCCAACCCAGCGCCCCUCCCCCCACGGCGGCUGCGGCCAAUCAGAGCCGUGCCCGCCGCGGCGCCUCGCGUUGGGACUAUUCACGCUCCUAUGUGAGCGCCAACACCCAGACGCACGCGCACUGGCGCAUCGAGCUGAUUUUCCUGGCGCGCGGCGACGCAGAGCGCAACAUUUUCACGAGUGAGCGGCUGGUCACAAUCCACGAGAUUGAGCGCAAGAUCAUGGACCACCCGGGCUUCCGGGAGUUCUGCUGGAAGCCCCAUGAAGUGCUGAAAGACCUGCCGCUCGGCUCCUACUCUUACUGCUCCCCGCCCAGCUCGCUCAUGACCUACUUCUUCCCCACUGAGAGGGGUGGCAAGAUUUACUAUGAUGGCAUGGGCCAGGACCUGGCCGACAUCCGGGGCUCCCUAGAGCUGGCCAUGACUCACCCGGAGUUCUACUGGUAUGUGGACGAAGGCCUCUCUGCAGAAAACCUCAAGAGCUCCCUCCUGCGCAGCGAGAUCCUCUUUGGAGCACCCCUGCCCAACUACUACUCGGUGGAUGAUCGCUGGGAGGAGCAGCAGGCUAAGUUUCAGAGCUUUGUGGUCACCUAUGUGGCCAUGCUGGCCAAGCAGUCCACUAGCAAAGUGCAGGUUCUGUAUGGGGGGACGGACCUCUUUGAUUACGAGGUUCGCAGAACCUUCAACAAUGACAUGCUCCUGGCCUUCAUCAGUAGCAGCUGCAUCGCCGCCCUCGUCUACAUUCUCACCUCCUGCUCAGUGUUCCUGUCCUUCUUCGGAAUUGCCAGCAUCGGCCUCAGCUGCCUGGUGGCACUCUUCCUGUACCAUGUGGUCUUUGGUAUCCAGUACCUGGGCAUCCUCAAUGGGGUGGCUGCCUUCGUGAUAGUGGGCAUUGGCGUGGACGACGUCUUUGUAUUCAUCAACACCUACCGCCAGGCCACCCACCUGGAAGACCCGCAGCUGCGGAUGAUCCAUACCAUCCAGACGGCGGGCAAGGCCACCUUCUUCACCUCCCUGACCACGGCUGCCGCCUAUGCAGCUAACGUCUUCUCCCAGAUCCCGGCCGUCCACGACUUUGGCCUGUUCAUGUCUCUCAUCGUGUCCUGCUGCUGGCUGGCUGUGCUCUUCACCAUGCCUGCUGCCCUGGGCAUCUGGAGCCUUUAUAUGGCACCGCUGGAGAGUGCCUGCCAGACCAGCUGCCACCAGAAGUGUGGCUGCAGGAGCUCCCUGCACUUCCCCGGGGACGUGUUUGCUGCUGCUGAGCGGGCUGGGGGCAGCCCUGCUCAGGGCCCCAUGCCCUACCUGGAUGAUGACAUCCCCUUGCUCAAUGUGGAGGAGGAGCCAGGCCGCUGCUCUGCCCCGGCAGUGUCGCUGGAGCUGGGAGACGCGUCCCUGGUGUCUGCCCCCGAUGGGGGCAGCCAGGGGCAGCUCAUCGCCCAGCUGCAGGAGCUGCUGCACCACUGGGUCCUGUGGUCGGCCGUCAAGAGCCGUUGGGUGAUUGUGGGGCUCUUUGUCUCCAUCCUCAUCCUGUCCCUGGUGUCCGCCAGCCGGCUCCGCCCCGCCAGCCGGGCCCCGCUGCUCUUCCGGCCCGAUACCAACAUCCAGGUGCUGCUAGACCUCAAGUACAACUUGAGCGCCGAGGGCAUCUCCUGCAUCACCUGUUCAGGUCUGUUCCAGGAGAAGCCCCACAGCCUGCAGAACAUCCGGACGUCCCUGGAGAAGAAGCGGGGCUCGGGGGUGUCCUGGGCCGGCCGGCCUGAGGCCGCCCUACAGGACUCCCCGGGCACUGUGUACGUCUCCAAGGUGAAGAGCAAAGGCCACCCGGCUGUCUACAGGUUCUCCCUCAACGCCAGCCUGCCUGGCCCUUGGCAGACCGUGUCCUCUGGGGACGGGGAGGUGCCCUCCUUCCAGGUGUAUAGAGCGCCUUUUGGUAACUUCACCAAGAAGCUGACCGCUUGUAUGUCUACAGUAGGGCUGCUCCAGGCGGCGAGCCCCUCCGGCAGGUGGAUGGUGACGACCUUGGCCUGCGACACCAAGCGGGGCUGGAAGUUUGACUUUAGCUUCUACGUGGCCGCCAAGGAGCACCAGCACACCCGGAAACUGUACUUUGCCCAGUCCCACAAGCCCCCUUUCCACGGGCGUGUGUGUGCGGCCCCUCCUGGCUGCCUGCUCGGCUCCAGCCCCGAUGGGCCGACCAAAGGCUUCUUCUACGUGCCCAGCGAGAAAGCUGUGACUCCCUCCGCAGCGCCCAAGGCCCGCCCCUCUGCCACCUUCGGCUUCAACCCCUGCGUGAACACGGGCUGUGGGAAGCCGGCGGUGCGGCCGCUCGUGGACACGGGGGCCAUGGUCUUCGUGGUCUUUGGCAUCGUUGGCAUCAACCGCACGCGGCAGGUGGACAACCAUGUCAUCGGAGACCCGGGCAGCGUCAUCUACGACAGCAGCUUUGACCUCUUCAAAGAAAUCGGGCACCUGUGUCGCCUCUGCAAGGCCAUCGCGGGGAACUCAGAGCUGGUGAAGCCGGGCGGGGCCCAGUGCCUGCCCUCAGGCUACAGCAUCUCCUCCUUCCUGCAGAUGUUGCACCCCGAGUGCAAGGAGCUGCCUGAGCCCCACCUGCUCCCAGGGCAGCUGUCACACGGGGCCGUGGGCGUCAAGGAUGGCCGAGUGCAGUGGGUCUCCAUGGCCUUCGAGUCGACCACGUACAAGGGCAAGUCCUCCUUCCAGACCUACUCGGACUACCUGCGCUGGGAGAGCUUCCUGCGGCAGCAGAUGAAGACGCUCCCCGAGGGCUCAGCCCUGCACCGCGGCUUCCAGACAUGUGAGCACUGGAAGCGGAUCUUCAUGGAGAUCAUAGGGGUGCAGAGUGCCCUGUACGGCCUGGCCCUCUCCUUGCUCAUCUGUGUGGCUGCGGUGACCGUGUUCACCACCCACGUGCUGCUCCUGUUGCCCGUGCUCCUGAGCAUCUUGGGCAGUGUCUGCCUCGUGGUGACCGUCAUGUACUGGAGCGGCUGGGAGAUGGGUGCCGUGGAAGCCAUCUCCCUGUCCAUCCUCGUCGGCUCCUCCGUGGAUUACUGCGUGCAUCUGGUCGAGGGCUAUCUGCUGGCCGGAGAGAACCUGCCCCUGCACCAGGCCGAGGAUGCCCACUCGCAGCGCCAGUGGCGGACGCUGGAGGCUGUGCGGCAUGUGGGCGUGGCCAUCGUCUCCAGCGCCCUCACCACAGUCAUCGCCACGGUGCCCCUCUUCUUCUGCAUCAUCGCCCCGUUUGCCAAGUUUGGCAAGAUCGUCGCACUCAACACUGGAGUCUCCAUCCUCUACACGCUCACGGUCAGCACAGCCCUGCUCGGCAUCAUGGCGCCCGGCUCCUUCACCCGGACCAGGACUUCCUUCCUCAAAGCCCUGGGUGCCGUGCUCCUGGCAGGGGCCCUGGGGCUGGGCGCCUGCCUGCUGCUCCUCCAGAGCGGCUAUAAGAUCCCCCUGCCCGAUGGGACCUCCCUAUAGCCCUGGCACUACGUCCGGCCUUGCACACCUUUGGCCCAGUGGGUCGGGGGCGAGAUGCUCGUUCUCUGACCCCAGGGGCACUUUGUUCCCAGCUUGGCUACAGCUAGUUAUGUUCCCAGGCCUGGGCCAGGCGACACUCACCUGUGUGACCCACACUGCCUUCAUCUCAGUGCCAGCCACCGCUGGGUGGUCAAGCUGGCAGCCGCCCUGGACUAUGCCUGGCGGCGGAAGAGACCAGCCUUCCCCCUGUGCCUGGUCACCAUGAGGGUCAGGUGAUUUUUGCAGGGGGCUUCCCUCGCACACUGCCUCAGUGCUCACAAGAACUUUCUGAUGUGGGUGUUACAGUUCCCCCAUUCUACAGAUGUGAAAACUGAGGCAUCAGGAGGCAAAGUGACUGACCUGUGGCGGCACAGCCAGAGCUGCCUCCUUCGGGGACUUUGCAGGAAGAGCACAGUGGGCGCAAGGGCAGGGCCUCGCACUCCCUGCCCCCGCCUCCCCAUCAGUUUUACAGCGGCCAGUGCUGGGUGGUCCUGUGAUCUUCCCCAGGGCUUUUAGUCCUGGCCGGGGAGCACGGAGGGACCGGCCUGGGGUACUGCAUGUCCCACCCCUGGCCCCAGCGUCAAGGGUCUCCUGCUCUUUGGAAGCCAUGGGGCCCCAGCACAGCCUUCCUUACAGAUCUGAGCCCCUACCUCCCCCACCUGACUCUGGGGGUGGAAUUUGGGGGAGGGGGGGCAGCCCCUGGGAGGGGGAGCUGGCCGUGCCUGCCGCCUGCUCACAGCAGAUGGUUCUUAUUAAAGUGAAAUGAAACUGCAGACCGCUGCCAUUAACAGGAGCAUUGUAAGCGUCGCUGGCUCCAUCGUAUUUUUAAAAUGGAAAUAACUAAGUGCUCGCAUGCCGCCCGGCCGGAACCUGGCACGAGGGGUGGGGCCGGUCCUGGAAGGAGAUGGAGGUGGGGUGGAAGGUGCCAGACCCUCUGGGGAGCAGGGUCACAGAGUGCUGUGCAGGCUCAGGAGGCUGGGGAGCACCGUGGGAGGGGGCCCGUCUGGCUCCCCACAGGGACGUCCGUCGGCCCCUUCAGCACAUCUGGUAUUGUGCUGUGACCUUCUUCCUCCGGACAGACGUUGGCCCCUGAGCUUUCGGAAGCUGGACACAGACUGAGCUGGGACUAAACCCUUAGGGCGGGGUAGACAUCCCUGAGGGUUGUCUCCAGGUCAGCUCACCUGGUCAUCUGUGAAUAUUGACCGGGGUCGGGGGGUGCUGGGCGUGCACGACAGACACACAGCACCAUGUCCCCGCCCAGUGCAUGCCUGGCGCCCAGCAGGUGCUCACUAUUUGCUGAGGGAGCAUCAGACAGACACCAAACGCGAUUAAUGGUACAAGUUGACACAGCACUUACGGUGCCAGACGCCCUUCUCAGGGUUUGUGUUAGUCUGCUUGGGCUGUCAAAACAGAGUGCCCUAAACUGGGUGG